GCCCGAUGCGGGGCUCGAACCCACAAACGGAAUCACCAAAAGCAGGGAAAAGUGGAAAAAGUUCGAAAGAAGGACAAGAAGUGAUAGAAUCAGAGCAGAUUUCCAGCAGGAAAAACAACCUUUCUGCUGCCCCGUCUCCAGUGUCCAGCAAAAUAAAAGUGCCAGCCCCGCAGCCCAUAGUGAGGAGAGACAAGCGGCAGAACUCCUCCAGGUUCAGUGCCAGCAACAACAGAGAACUGCAGAAACUACCAUCUUUAAAAGGUGGAAGUGCUCAGAUGCCAAAUGAAGGGCGAUGUUGUGGCUGUAAAUCCAGGAGCAAAUCCAGCAGUUUAAGAGCCGCAGACCUCAGGGCCACAGGAGCGACUGGGACUUCACAGCGAUUAACGGGGACCUCGGGGCAGAACUUCUGAGGUGCCAAGCCCCUGGCCUUCUGUGAAAGAAGUGGUUAUGUGAUUGGGAGGAUUUAUGUUCAUUCUUAAAACUUGGCUUUUGAACUGCAGCGAAAAAUCUUCUGAUUCUUGCCUCCCUUUUG